AGCCACACCACCAGCCAGAGGGAGAGACCGCCUGGAGGAGAGAGGGGGGAGAGGGAGAGAGAUGAGCUGGAGCUGCCCGAGGUCCUGAAAUCAUCCAUUACAACAGCCUGACGAGUCCAAACGGGAGGCAGCCGGGCCAGCAUGCGCACGCGCGCGAGCACAAGCAUCCCGCGUGGACGCCGGUAUAAAACAGAAGCUGCAGGUGGAGACAAAAGUCUGCGUAAAGAGGAUUUGGUGCGUGAGGAGUGCGAGCAGAGCAUCCAGGUAAGGUGACCCUGAAAAUUCCUGACCCAGGACUUUCCCACGGGAUGGAUUUCCCGGAUUAAAUACGUGGAGAGGUUAAUGUUGUUCAGUGUCUAGCUAUGAUUCAGGCUGUAUGACGAACUCAGAGUCACUUUUUUUUAAAUUUUACAAAGAUAUGUUUCAAAUGGAGACUUGCUUUGGUGAAAGAAAUUAGUUUGUUGUUCAGCUGUUAUUUUAAAAUACCAUCUCCUUUUUCAUUUGUUUGUUUAUACCCGUUUUCUGAUCCAUCAGUUUUUCCCUUCCUUCUCCAAUCUAGAAAUGUACAGAGUCACUAAAACCCACAUGACCUUUCCUGUGCCCCUCCCGAGCAUGGGAACAGCCCCCUUCUUUAAGGUGACUGUGUUUGAGCAGGAGCACUUCCAGGGCAAGUUUCUGGAGUUCACCUCCGAGUGCUGCAACAUCCACAACUGUGGCAUGGACAACAUCCGCUCCAUCCGAGUGGAGAGUGGAGCCUGGGUCGGUUUCGAGCACCACGAUUUCCAAGGCCAGCAGUUCAUCCUGGAGAGGGGCGAGUACCCUAACUGGGAGGCCUUCAGCGGCUCCCUGUCCUACCACACCGAGCGCUUCAUGUCUCUACGCCCCAUCUACUGCGCCUCUCACCAGAGCAGCCGUAUGAUGAUCUUCGAGAAGGAGAACUUCAUUGGGCGCAGCACGGAGCUGUGCGACGACUACCCCUCCCUGCAGGCCAUGGGCUGGUUCAUGCCUCAGGUGGGCUCCAUGCACGUGCGGAGUGGAGCCUUCGUGUGCUAUGAGUAUCCAGGCUACAGAGGCCAGCAGUACAUCAUGGAGUGUGAAAGACACAGUGGAGACUUCCAGCACUGGAGGAACUGGGGCUCCCACUGCCAGACGCCAAAGAUCCAGUCUAUCAGACGUAUCAGGCACUGAGAGGGCACCGAUCAGGACUGGCAGCAGCAGCAGCACAGCCUGGGAUCAGGCUAAGUCCUGGACGCCUGAACUCGCAGUUUGGUUCGGAGCUUAGUGACAGGACCGCGAACUACAACACAAACCAACAGUGAUGUAGCAGCUACCUCUUUAUACCAGCACAUAUUAAUGCUUCUUUUUAUAAUGAAGAGUGUGUUGCUUUGGUACAAGUGGAAUAAAGUUCAGAGUUAGAACAUGAAAA